GGGAGUCUGAAGGAGUCUGGAGGAGGAGCGUGGAGCGAGGAGGAAGAGCGAGAGGACGCGCCCAGCGAGCUCAUCAGCCAUGGACGAACACGGCUCCCUCUGCUACGACAAGCACAGAGUCAGGCAGCCGGCAUGCCGUCGCGGCUUAUGACACGCUCGCCGGAGGAUCCUUCGCCCCUAGAAGAAACCGCAAAUUUAAACUCAAAACAUAAAAAUAAGAAUCGCAACGUCGCUUUAAGCGUUAGCGGGCGGGGGGGCAGAUAGUCGGGCCUAGCGCGCGCUUUACGGCCGUAACCGAAGCCUCGUGCUUGCCUAGCGAGACAGCCGGUGGAAUGGAGCCUCUCGCCGGCGGGGUUUAGCCGGCUCCCCCGGCCUCUCCCCCAACUCCCUACACCCCCCCUCUUCCCCACCACCCAUAAUCACCGUCAACCCAUAACUAUGUGAUGUGCGGGCGAGGGUGUACGUAGGCAGCGGCGGGGCUUGUGGAGCCGUCUCGUGUUGUCGAGGGUGGCGCAAGCGAUCGAGUGGAGCGGAAGAGAUUUUAAGCGACGGGUCUAGUAGGGGAAGGGCAUUUGUUGUUGAGCAGCAUGGGUUGCCGUGGGCAGGGCCGCCGCGGCCCGUGUAGCCCAUCUCCCCCUCGGAUUUCGACCGGUGCCAAUGGAUAAAGUGUCAACCCCUCACUCAUCUAUACAUAACCAUCCGUGCUGCGUGCUCAUUUUUGUUGUUGGUUUUUUGGGGCUUUGUAUUUUGUGCGAAUUGGCGUUUCAUUUAAGAGGUGGUGGGGGGGGGGCAGUUUGGGUUUUUUUGUUUUUAUUGUCAGGUCGGUCCGUCGUCGUGUGGUUCAUUCCACCGAGUUUUUUUUUUUGGGGGGGUCGGUCCUGUACGUGGUACAUGUAACGACUGUGCUGUUGUCAUUCGCAUGUGGCCUUAACCCUGGGCGGUUGGCCCACACACACUACUACUACUACUAUAUCGUGGGAGGUCGGGGGUGAGAUGCAGGUGGCAUGUAUUGGCGCUGCCAAACAUCUGGGCCGCACUGCUUUUGCUAUGCGAUUCUUCGCUGGAGGGGUUUGAUCGGGCAAAGUGCAGUGCUCCCCAACUUUUAAAAGUCACCCUCUGCGCACACUUUCCUUUGCGCCUGCUCUUGUUUGAAUUCACAAACAAAUACAUAGCGGUGGUGGUGGUGGUGGGGGGGAGGGAGGUUGCGGAGGAGUUGGGGGGCGUUAGUGAGUGAGAGGGGUUGAUCAUCAAAAAAGAGGGGGGCGACUUUUAUUUUCUCCAUCGACAACGGAAGAGCAAAAUUAGAAUCGAGGGCCCCUUCGCCAUAUGACAGGACAGGGCCACAGACGAGAGGAAGGGCCGCUGAGGGAGGGAACGCAAAAUAAAAACAAGAGUGAAGAAUUAUAAGACAAGAGGAGGGCGACUUCGACGGGAGGGAGGGCAGCAAUGGGGGACCCACAGUCCCGCCGCCACCACGCUCUCGGUCGCUUGCGGUCACAGCUGAGGCGCAAGAGGGAAUCCCUCGCCGACCAAUUUGACUUCAAGAUGUACAUCGCCUUCGUAUUCAGAGAUAAGAGGAAGAGGCCGGCGCUGUUUGAGGCCGGCGAAGUGAUGCCGGUGAUGACCAACAACUAUGAGGAGCUGAUCUUGAAGGGUGUGCGACAGGCCGACUACUCGCUGCAGAGCUCCCUAGAGCUGCUGAGCAAGGAUGUGGUGCAGCUACACGCACCACGCUAUCAGUCACUGCGACGUGAUGUGAUCGGCAAUGUGCAGGAUAUGGAUUUCUUUCUAUGGCCACGCAAGGAUAUAGAGAAGGUGGUUUGCCUCCUCUUUUCUCGCUGGAAGGGCUCAGACGAUCCAUAUAAGCUUAUUCAAGCCGAGUUUGAGUUUGACUACCAGGACUACGAACAGCAGCUGGUGCGGUUGCUUGGCCAAAAGGACAAGGCGGGUCUCGUUGUCAACAAUGACACGGAGUCGAUGUUCUUGUUCGUGCGCCGGCACGGACUCCCAAGUCAGAAGGGCAUGACUACGUCCGUGUUCAAGCUGUGCAGCAUCUGCCUGUACUUGCCGCAAGACCAGCUCACCCACUGGGGAGUGGGCAGUGUGGAUGACCACCUGAAGCCCUACCUCCCUGAUUAAAGCCUCUCCGCACUCACACUUAAACCCAUCGAUUGCUCUAAUAGUGGGCGAGCUCUGGGGCGUGGCGCAGAGUUCUGUACUCGAUGGGUUCACGUUGUAUGCGCGUGUGCGUGUUGAGCCAGUUGAGAUCGGAGCAGCACAACUUUUUAAUUUGAUUUGCUCCAAAUGGUAAACAUUGGAAGCUGCCGUAAGGGCCUUCCCAUAGCCAAUGUGACAGCAUUCCGACUUAUGCAGUGCGGUCAGUCUGUAGUGUUAAGACUUCCCCUCGACCCCUCGUACUGAUCAACCCUGCCUUUCCAAUGCAUCCCUUUGUUUCCACGUUUUUGUGUGCACACUUGAGUUUCACUCCUCCCUUAUUAAAUAAGAUAGGUGAGUGUUUUAGGCCAGUAAAGCCAUGUUUCCAUGUGCAGACUUUCAAAAGUACAUUGGGCAGCACAGAUAUUGUUGACCCAAUCUAAGGGCAAUUAUUUGCCGUCUGCUCCAUUCCAGCUAACUUUAGGGACCCAGAUUGCAGGUCCCAACAUUAAAGUGAAAUGCUGGUGUAAUUUAUUGAGCACCAGUCUGCACUAAAGGAUUUAACAUUUAAAUGCAGUCAAACUGGACCCCACAUCUCACCUGUUUGCACAUGGAACUGGGAUUUAUGCAACGUGUGAAAGAUAUCCCAAAACCGCUACUACAGUAGAGCCUCGGCUCAAACUGAGUUUAACUAUUUUGUAAGCAUUUUAAAUGAAAACCUCAAAUUGAUGCAUAUAACAACAGCUUGAUCUGUGCAUUUUUUGUAAGCAGGUAAUAAAGUCCGCACUUUUUCCAUUACCUAUAAUUGAACAAAUACAAAUAGAAAUGUGUUGUGAAAUACUGAGGUUCUAUUGUAGUGGUUGUGGGUAUUUUGGUAGGUGGGUGUGCAUUGUGGAGUUCCACCAAAUGUUAUGGAAUGGGAGUCUGACCUGCGUCGGACUGAAUUUUGUUAGCUUCAGGUUAAAUAGCUAGGAAACGCAGAUGACAACUAAAAUGCGAAUCCAUGUUGCUACAGUACAUGCAUCUCGUGCACGGUGCAUUGCUGCACUUGAUUUUGUUUUUAAGCGUGUUGAGCGCAACUUGCCGCACAGGAUGGAAUAUUGAGGCAGACUAGAGAAUGGAAAACUGUUGCCACAAAGUGCAUAUGUCAUGCAGAAGCAUUUCAUGGUGUUGGUCGACUUCCAAGGUCUUUUCAGGGCCUCGUGGAGGGGGAAAGAAAAUUUUCUCUAGGCCGCAAAAGAUAGCCCCAGGCUUCAGACAUGAUGGCCUCACGACAGGCCUGUGGAUGUUGGAAUGAGUGGGCCCCAUGUAGCGUUCUGUCGUCUCCGGGAACCUCGGUGGCCCUGGGUCUCCUCAACUGAUUUGAACUCCUCAGGAGUGAUUAAUUUCCAUCUCGAUUUGUUCUUCAUCUAAAUCUGUAAAACAGUUGUCACGCUGUGCAUCUGCUAGUGAACACCAAAAUAUUAACGUCUUAAUGUAGAAUUUCAUUUACCUGCGGUGUGGUUGAAAUUUUAUUUGUGCUUUUAAGCAUACUUGUGGCACGGGGUUUGAUUCUUUGGGCCGAUUAGAUUUUAAGUUUAAUUUUCUUGUGUUUUAGUUUGAUAUUUUUUAAGUUUGGGAUUUUUUUUUCCUUCUCGGUACAGCUCUCACGACAGGGCUUGUCAGAAUGCUAAAGCCUGUAUGCAGAGCGGGAUUCAAAACUAGAACGCAUACACAGGCAAGCUUGAGGCUUAAUAUACAUGAUACACCUGCUUUAAAAAGCAUAUUUUUAAGUAGGGAUCCCAAUUUCUGUGUAACGUUUGCACUAUGGUUAUGGGCACUGCAUCGUCAUGUCACAGUCCAUUUAACCACCGCAUAAUCCAGCAAAGGCCCCUCUGUGGUACUUAGGUUGGGAUAAUGAACAUACUUUUUUGUUAAAACGCUUGAGAGCUCGAAAUGUGAAAGAGCCAGUAUUGCCAGUUGAAAUGCCUCACCAUGGUCAUGCUAACACUGGUAUACAAAACACCAUUGUUAAAAUCUCGGCAACAUUCAAAUCAAUGGUAAAACAUGUAAAAUAAUUUACACUUGAUAUUAUGUUGCUAUGAUUGUAACAGCUGUUGUGCAUUGAUUAAUUUGUUGUCAUUUUAUAAUUUAAAUUGUUGCCGUUACAAUGUUCCAAUCUUAAAAUUCAGAUUUGUUCCGUUGCGCGUGUAAUGUGUGUGCUUGCUUAAAUGCGUUUGAUUUGCUUGCAUUUGUAUGACAAAAGGCUCUUGAGACAAAUAAAGGUGAGAAGAUUAUCCCUUGCAGGAAAAAUUACA